AUGCAAGCAAAAGGUUUUCAUUCAACGCUCUCAACUAAUAUUCCUCUUCAUGCACGGCAUAAAUAUGCAGUGUGCAACUUGUUCGUCCUCCACGAACUUCCAGCCGAUAUUAUCGUUGACUCAUUUGAGCUCAACGGCCAUGGACUCUGCUUCCAGUUUGUGGGGAAUACGAAUCUGGAGCUACCCACGUCCGGGGUAGCGAAUGAAUCAGGUUGGCUGCUGGUCGCUGUUAAGCCGGAGACAGACUUGGUCGUAGUGGACGUGCCUCUCCAUGUUAGGUACGGUGUGCCGCACGAGGGUCAUAACCCUCGUCACAUCAUCCAGCUACCCUCCCCCAAUUUGUUUCUGGGCUUGUCCUUCCUCAUGUGCGCUUCAAGCUCUCUCCUGUCGCUUGUAUCUUAA